UGUAUGGAAAUUUCCCUGCCCUCCUCUGGUCUCUACCAGCGACAGCCGGUGAGAAAGAUAAACCACCACCACCACCUCGUGGUUCCAGUAUAAGGACCUGGGCACUGGAAGCCUCACGUCACUUCGAGGGCACCCAGGACAUCGUUCCACGUACAGUACCGACUUGUCGAGAGUAACAAACAUGAACGUCACACUCCCGACUUCAGAAGAACUGCUCACGCGCUUCACCUACUAUGACUACUCAGUUUUCAUCUGCAUGCUGGUCGUGUCAGGGGCCAUCGGACUGUUCUGUGCCUUCUACGGUGGAGCACAGAACACGAUAAGACAGCUGCUCACAGGAAGCAAAGCCCUUCCCGUUUGGCCCGUCGGAACGUCGUUGGUGGCCAGCUUCAUCUCAGCAGCUUACAUUCUGGGCAAUACGGCCGAGGUAUACCAGCAUGGAACAAUGUACUUUAUGGUCAUCCUCUCCUACUGCAUCACCAUACCUGUCACGGCGUACCUCUACUUGCCAAUCUACUACAACUUGGAUCUCAUCACUGCUUACGAGUACUUGGAACUUCGGUUCAACCGCCCUGUUCGCAUGGUGGCUGUUGUCAUCUACACCAUUCAAAUGACGAUCUACGUGGCUAUCGCGCUUUAUGCUCCAGCUGUGGCUUUGUCACAAGUGACCGGUAUGACCCUGUGGUCGGCCGUUGCAGCCAUUGGUUUGGUGUGCACAGUCUACACAAGCAUCGGCGGCAUUAAAGCUGUGGUCUACACGGACACAUUUCAAGCAGUGGUCAUGUUCAUCGCCAUGACAGUCGUUAUCGCCUUCGGAUUCAACGAAAUGGGAGGAUUCUCAAAAGUUUGGAAGAUUGCCCAAGAAGGAAAAAGGAUAGAGUUUAACAAUUUCAGGCUGGACCCCACUGAACGUCACACCAUUUGGGGACUGAUUAUUGGUGCAUACUUCACAGCCGCUGCCAGUUAUUCCACCAAUCAGAUGUUAGUUCUACGUUACUUCACGGUAGACUCGCUCGCCAAGGCUCAAUGGGUGGUGUGGAUGAACCUGCCGUACCUUUUCCUCAUCCUGAUCUUGAGUUGCCUGGGAGGACUGCUGGCUCAUGCACGAUACGCCACAUGCGAUCCGGUGCACACGAGACACAUUGAAACAGCGGACCAUAUGCUGCCGUAUUUCGUUAUGGACACACUGGGUCACAUUCGCGGUGUACCAGGCACGUUCGUCGCUGGCAUAUUUGCCGCUUCUCUCAGUUCCAUAUCUUCAGCUGUGAAUUCUCUGGCAUCCGUAUUCUACAUCGACAUUGUUGCAGUCCUGAAGCCAGGCAUUUCGGACAAAAACGGCGCUCGGAUCAUCAAUGUCCUCGGUGCUUUCUUCGGACUUCUGACUAUCGCACUCGUUGCCGUCGCGCAGCAAAUGGGCAACGUGCUUCAGGCUACAUUCUCCAUCAACAGCGGCCUGGGUGGACCCUUACUCGGCCUUUACACUUUGGGAAUAUUCCUGCCUCACGCCAAUGGCAAAGGUGCAAUGGCUGGAUUGUUGGUGUCUGUAGCGAUUGCCCUAUGGCUUAACCUCGGCCCCAUCAUACAAGAGACGCCCAUUGAUUUUGCUCCGGUUUCGGCUGAAGGAUGCAAAGAUCUCUACAUGAACGCGACCAACGCCACGGAGUAUCAUCCUAUCUCAACGGAACCGCGCGGUUGGAAGGCUGGAGACGUGGCAGUGUACGAGCUGUCUUACAUGUGGAACACCCUUAUUGCCUUUCUCAUUGUGUUCAUCGUUGCAGUUCCAGUUAGUUUUUUCACAGGUUUCAACAAACCCGAGAAAAUGAACCCCAAGCUUAUCUGUCCGGUGAUUGACAAGCUCUUCUGGUACCUGCCUGAAUCCGUGAAGAAGGCCAUCAGGAUUGACGUCGGCAGAGAUUACGUGGAAACAGGGAAUGACAAGUGUCCCAGUCAGGAUAACCCAAAGAUCGAAAACGGAGUCAAUGACAAGGUCAAGGUCGCCAGCGUAUCUUUCAUCCAGACUGCGACAGAUAAAGCUUUUCCCACGCCGCCAUCGUUAAUUCGAUCGUUUUAGAUUUUUACGCUUGGCGAAUUCGACUAGUCGAUCUGGAGCGUCUAUCAGAUCGACCGAACAGUAUCGCGCUCUAGAACAGAACAUUGCGCUCGUCCUACAAGCUCACAGAAUCGGCCCAAAGCUCGCUGUUACUCGUACCCGAGAGAGCGAGAGUAGAGAUGCAAAAUUUCCCGAAAUUUUGAAUCGCUCGAAAAAAAAAAAAACGUACCUUUCUUUGUUUUUUUCUUUCUCGAAAAAAUGGAAACAAACGCGGUUACUGCUGAGUCGAAGCAUUGGGGCCAAGCCACAUCAUACAAUGAGCUAGAAACUUUAGUAGUGUUCACCCUCUAGGCAUAAUGGCAGAGCAGAGCAUCCCAUGAGACUGCUGUCUACUUAGCGAUAGGUAAUUGGAACAAGCCGUCCACUCCAACCAACCAGAAUCCCGACAAUAUGUGAACGCGAUGGCGAUCGCUUGGAGCAGCCAGACGGAGCUCUAAGCUGGUGGUUGUUGGCGGAUUAGAGGCACCUAACGCACUGUUGGCGGGCUGGAACGCAUUAAAGGCACGAAAAUUUUAAUUUUUGAAUUUUGUCGCCUGGAAAUUUUGCGCUAUUUUUCCGGAGACGAAGAAAAUAUCCGGAAACAAACUUUUUUCUCCCAAAAUUUCCUGGGCUUCGCAUCUCUAAGCGAGAGGUGCUGAAGUGAUGGCAGCACUCUGUUGGAGUUCCCUCCGAAUGCGGAAUAUCUCGACGGAGCAAGAAAGAGCUGAGACGAGAAGCAAUGAGAAACAAGCUCCGGAUCCGCCAGGGGAACAUGCAAUCUCCGCUCGGGAUAAAAAAGAAAACAAGGAAAAGAAAAAAGAAUACGGCUCCAUAUCGACAAGUCGAAUUCGCCGACUGUUGCAGUAGAAUUGGCUGUGCUCGCCAUGAGCAAUCUUCACGCGCGUUACAAUUACAUACGUAGACUACAGAUCCUGGAUUUGUAACGAUGUAAAACGUAACGUAAGCGUAACGUAAAAGGUAACAUAACGUUACGGGUUCUUUAAAGACAACAGAGACUACGGGUUAUCUUGAAAUAUUCCAGCUGUAUCUAUAUUUAUAUAUUUAUCAUUUAUUGUAUUAUUUAUCUAGGUUCUAUCACCUUCCAGAACACGCUUUUUUCGUAUUGUGGGAUUAGACCGCAUCUAGAUCACAUUUCCUUUCAGCACUCCUAGAGUUUAGCUUUUACAUUUCAGGCAUAAUUUGUAUCGAUUUCUAGUAAUCGUUAAUCGUAAUCUAAAUAAUUAAUCUAAUUAAUUAAAUUAAUCGUAAUAUAUUUACGUUACGCGCCUUGCGUUUUAGAAAUAUCGCAGGGCUCUUAGUUUCAGAGCUAACGCAGCGCGACUUACUUUGCAAGCAACACGACAUUGCCAUUUUAAUUAAACUGGAAACGUUACAAACCUGGCGCGAUAUCGCCCCAUGUAGGUUGUUCCUGCACAAUGUUGCCAAUCAUUUUUGUGGCUUAACGCGUAGGACAUUGUUAUUUCGAACGCAUCAUUCAUAAGUGAUCCACAUUCACAGAGAGUCAUGUUGGCGUUGUACUUGGACACCAAAGCAUUGACGACUGUACAAACUUCGCAUUUUAGGUUCCUUGAUGAAUUAUGAAUACGUGAGGCCUACUCUGCCUAUACCGAAUAGGCACUAGGUAUCUCUACGUUGUGAUACCCCUCACCCCCGCAUUCAUCAUCAUCACUGUAUUUGUUGUUGUGAUAACAUGUGUAAUAAAGCAAACGUCAUAGCAAU